UUGAUUGUGCACUACUCUCGUAGUAAAAUCAAUUCAGUCUACAUUUGACACAGAGCGCUGGCAACUAUUGGUUUGAGUCUACAGACUGACGCAAACGAAAACCGAGAUGAGUUUGCAGCCACGAAGGCAACGGCGACGAGGAUGUCGCCAGAUUUCGUUGUUGUGCUUAUACACGUUGCUGAUUGCGAUCGGAUUGUUGGCCCAUUCCGUGCACGGUCAACGUGCGGCUGUGAACUUGAGCCAGAAGAUUCAGAACCGAUUCGCCAAAUCCGCAGGACGUGGAAAUAUCGUUGAAGACAAAAGUUCCAUUGGAAAAACGUCUCGUUGGUUCCAUGUUGCGGGCCUUUGGGAACCGGAGAUUCCAGUAAACUCGCCAAACUUGAUCGCUACUGUAGUGUUGGCUGCAAUGAUUCUGGCUGCUCUGGUCGUCUAUUUGCCUCAACCGACAAAAAAAGAUUUGCGAGUCGGAGUCCGGGACGAUGAACUUAAGAUUGAGGGUGGCAAUGUGGUAGACACUGAACCGAUUGAUUUGGCCUUUGAAGGAUUAACGUUAGAGUUGGAAACCAAGUCGGGUGAGGUCCGAACCAUACUCGACGGCGUCCGUGGUCGAGCCCAGCCUGGCCGUAUGCUGGCAGUCAUGGGACCAUCAGGUGCGGGAAAGUCCACGCUGAUACACGCCUUAGUUGGGCGAGUCAAAGACAAUACGAAAUUGUCAUUGUACGGUCGCAGGUACAUCAACGGCGAACCCGUGUCUGGGGAUUCACUCUUGCCGGCUGCUUUCAUCGAACAAGACGUCAACUUCUUCCCGCACAUGACGGUCCGUGAAACUCUCCACUUUCGUGUGGAAUUGAAACUGGGAAGUUUACUGAGUAAGCAUGCUCGAGACAAAAUGGUGGACGGAUUGAUGGAUCAAUUAGGUUUGACGAAAGCUGCCGAUACAGUUGUCGGAGACGCAAAGGUCCGCGGCAUCUCGGGUGGAGAGCGCAAGCGUCUUUCCAUCGCAGUGGAAAUGAUCUCAAGUCCUUCCGUUAUUGUUCUAGACGAGCCCACAAGCGGCUUAGAUAGCACUGCAGCUACUUCUUUGGUACAGACGCUUCGAGAUUUAGCCGAUUCCGGGAAGACAGUGAUUGCUGUUAUUCAUCAGCCAAGUCAGCACGUCUUUGCAAAAUUUGAUGAUCUGCUACUCGUUUCUGAAGGAAAGCUGAUGUACUAUGGCGAGCUACAUGGGGUAAGAUCCUAUAUGGAAUCUUACGGACACCCAGCAACCGCAGAAAUGGGAACCGCAGAGCAUAUUCUAGAUUGCAUUUCACGGCUUCCAAUUGAAGAGGAAACCAAAGAUGAGAUGAAUUCACGUAUGGAGCGACUUAUUUACAAAGCAAACUCGAACCCAUUGGAUUUAGGUAAGAUGGCAACAGACGACAACGGGACGACAGAGUUUACCAUGGUUUCCCGCGGUGGCCCGAAAGCUGGCAUAAUUACUCAAUUUCGAACACUUUUCAAACGCUCCUUUCGAGAGGUAAUUCGUGGCAAAACAACGCUCAUCUUAAAGACUGUCCAACAAAUCUCGCUAGGAGUCAUUUACGGCGGAAUCUAUUCGCUGGGCACAAACCAGGCCUCGAUACAGGAUCGCUUUGGUCUGCUUUCCUUGAUUGCCAUUGGAUCAGCGAACAUGGCUGUUGCGUCUACAAUUCGAUCCUUUCCUCGGGAAAAGGCUAUAGUUUCGAACGAAAUCGCUUCAAAGAUGUACCGCACUCUUCCAUACUUCAUUGGUAAAGCACUUUCGGAGCUGCCAUUAGUGGCUGUUUUUAACGGUAUUUUUGGAACCAUCGUGUACCAUUUGACGGGUCUCAGUCGUAUGAAAGGAAAAUUCCGACGUUUUCUCGGCUUAUUGACUACGCACGGUUUGGCAUCCGAAGCAGUGGGUCUUGUUAUCGGGGCCGUCAGUCCGAGUUCCGAUGUUGCAUUGGCUAUCUUUCCUGCUGUUCUUGUAUUGAACAUUAUCUUUGAUGGCAAGAACAUCUCCGAAGAGAACACACCGAGAUUGCUGAGAUGGAUUCCUAAGAUCGGCUUGAUUCGAUGGGGGUUUGAAGGGCUAUGUGUCAAUGAAUUCGACCAAUUGACUUUUGAUACGAAAGGACCACGUCGAGGACCAGUCGCCAAGUUUGGGUCGGAAGCGUUGGAUCGUUUUGGUUUGGGGACGAAUACACUCGGCGAUAUCGUGAAAGCACAACUCUCCAUCACGGUUGUUUCCUGGGCUCUUAGCUACAUUGGUUUAACGUUGACGGGUCAAAAAUAUCUCAAGAUGCAAUCAUUUAAAAGCGAUUCGGAUUGACUGUGAAAGGAAAAAAGAGUCUAAAAAUUUGAAAGGUAGGAGGUUUACGUAAAUGAAGGCUUUUGAUUGCGUGAAUGAUACUCUGUUGUACUGAGACACCCAAAUAUUCGGGAGAACAUAAAUACUGUCAGUGACGAUUCUUUUUAUU